CAAGAAUCCAACCACUUCGACUGCAACUCGGAUUUCAAAACCAAUUCCAUUCCAAACCAACACUUCAUCAACCUCAACAACAUGUCUAACUUCAUCACUAAUUACCAUUGGAGAACUAAAGAUCUUUCCAAAUGGGCCAAAGAUUGGUUUGAAGAACAACUCGUUUCGGUAUCUGAUGUACCAGGUUUGAAAAUCGAUGCACCUAUCACUGUUGAAGGUGAUUGUGAAUUAGGAAUGAGAAAAGCAAAGUUAAUUACGAUUUAUGAUCUUAGAUUAACGGUUCGUUGGUCAAGUGAAGAAGAAACCAAAGGAACAUUUACGAUUCCAGAAGUUUCACACGAUAUGGAAUUAAAUGAUUAUAUCUUUGAAAGUGUUUUAGAUUCAGGUGGUAAGCUUGAAAUCGAACAAAAAGCUAAAAAAGAAUUAUGUGAUCGAAUGAGAAAUGUGUUUCAAGCGUUUCCAAAGGCAAUGGUACAAGAGCAUGGUGCCGAUUUUUAUAAACAAAACGGUGUCUCUCCUUCUGGUACUCCACUUCCUACAACCAACAAUACUAGCUCAUCAGGACCAAUCUUACAAACCAAAUCCGCUCCAACGGCUGCACCUGUACCAAAUGAUGAUCCAUCCUUAAAAUCAAAACAAGCUAAAACUAUUAACACCACUUCGAUUCGACUCGAUGGUCAAUUUAUGUCAAGUGCUUCAGAUUUAUUUGAUGUUUUAACUAAUGAAUCUAAGAUCCCAAUGUGGAGUCGAAACCCUGCAAAAAUGAAACCAGAAGCAGGUGCAGAGAUGUCAUUGUUCGGUGGUAAUAUUACUGGAAAAGUCAUUAGUGUUGAUCAACCUAAAGAAUUCAUUACGACUUGGAGAGCUCCAACUUGGCCAGCUGAACACUUUGGUCAACUUAAAACUACUCUUACUGAAGGUUCAGAUUCAACUAAACUCGAAUUAUACCUCACAGGCGUACCUGUAGGAACAGAAGAAGAAACUGAAAGAAAUUUAGAUAUCUUUUACCUACGUUCAUUAAAACAAAUUGGGUUGGGUACAAUCCUUUGAAUCUCUAUUGAAGAUCUUACUUUGAAUCUCAAAGCAACCAGAUUCAAAAGAGAAGAAUCGGAAAGCGAAAAGGAAGUACAAACAAGUGAAGCACUGGUGUAAAAAAAUCGGGAAAAUGAAUACCUUCAUAGAUCAUCUUGAUCUCUUGUUUUAGACUUUGUUAUUUUGAGUGUGAGAUCCCGAAAGUAGAAAUAUAAAAUCAUUAACAUUGUACUCACUUGCCCAUCUGCAAAAGUAAACCAAAUAAGAGACAAAGCUUAUGUUUAAGGUUGUUUUCAGUUUAUUGAUUGGCACAAAAAGGAAUAUCGUACAACUAAUUGUAUGGAACAAGAAGAAUUUCACAAUCAAAUCAUCAAAUCGAUAUUAU